AUGGCUUCCACAUCUACCAACGGCGCUGCAGCCGAAGCCUCCACCUCGACCGCCGACAUGACGUCGCGCGAUUACUACGCUGACUCGUACGCCCACUUUGGUAUCCACGAAGAGAUGCUCAAGGAUGAGGUCCGAACGCGCUCGUAUCGCAACUCGAUCAUCAACAACCCGCAUCUGUUUAAGGACAAGAUCGUCCUCGAUGUCGGUUGCGGUACGGGUAUCCUCUGCAUGUUUGCUGCCAAAGCCGGAGCUAAAAAGGUGAUCGGCGUCGACAUGUCCAACAUCAUCGACCAGGCCAGGAUCAUCACCGAGGUGAACGGGUUCAAGGACACCAUCACGCUCGUCAAGGGAAAGCUCGAGGAGGUGGAUCUGGGGCUCGGACCCAACGGAAAGGUGGACAUCAUCAUCAGCGAAUGGAUGGGCUACUUUUUGUUGUACGAGAGCAUGCUCGACACGGUUUUGUUGGCAAGGGACAAGUACCUGGCACCAGGAGGAAUGAUGUUUCCCGACAAGGCGACCAUGUACCUCUCGGCGAUCGAAGAUCAGGAGUACAAAGACGAAAAGAUCGGUUUUUGGGACGAUGUCUACGGCUUCAACUACUCGUGCAUCAAGGACAUUGCACUGCGCGAACCUUUGGUCGACACGGUCGACAUCAAGAGUGUUGUUUGCGAUCCUUUCGCCAUCAAGCAGCUCGAUCUACUCACCAUCACCAAGGAAGAGCUGAGCUUCGAGAGCGAUUUCACACUCAACGCUACACGCGACGACUACGUACACGCCUUCCUCGGCUGGUUUGAUAUCAGCUUUGAUGCUUGCCACAAGCCCGUCCAGUUCUCAACCGGCCCUCACUCGCGUUACACUCACUGGAAGCAGACCGUCUUCUACACCAAGGACGUGCUGGCAGUCAACCAGGGUGAUGCCAUCACCGGCAGAUUGGUCUGCCGCCCCAACGAGAGGAACAACCGCGAUCUGGACAUCACCAUCGACUACCAGGUUCAGGGCGCUACCGCUUCUUCUGGUCGCAUGGAGUACAAGAUGUCCUAA